AUGUUCCCCUCGUUAUCCGCCAGCAGUCUAGCCAUACUGUCGUUACCCGCCGUGCGCCUUGCCCUCGCCCAGUCCAUCUCCAUAUCGCUAGGGAACAGCCCGCCCGAUGGCGCCUCCGACUACCUCGACCCCUCGUAUGCUGGCUUCGGCAUUGAGCCCUCGAACCUCUUUUCCUUUACUGGCAAGGAGGAAACGAACCAAUUCUCCGUCAAGCUGCUACAAAAUCUCGCAGAUUACUCGGGCGCGCCGCCGCAUAUCCGGUUAGGAGGAAACACGCAGGACUACAUGGUGUUUGAGUCGAGCAACGAAAAAUAUGCCUGGAUUUCAAACGAAGACUCGACGGCACAGGGCGCCAUUGCCGCUGAUUCUAUGAUCAUUGGACCCAACUACUUCAAAGCGCUCGACCGCUUCCCCAAGGACACUCCCGUGACUUUCGGACUGAACAUGGCAUACAUGGACGACGACUACCAAGACAAGAUUGCUGCAUUGGCCCAGGCCGCCGUCGAUGGCAUGAACAACGUCAAACUAUACUCGUUUGAGGUUGGCAACGAGCCCGAUUUGUGGCUACAGAACUCUUUCCGCUCUGCGCCUUGGGAUGGACAGACAUACACAAGCCAAUGGUUAGACCGCUGCGAGGUCGUCUACGAGCGCGUGCUCAAGGCUGCUGGCCUACCGUCUUCCUUCUUCGAGUCUCCUGCGACCGCCUCCACCAUCGGAACCACGUUUGAGAUUGCGCAGCUCGUGGACGAUGGCAUUAUGGAGGGCAGGAACGGUGAUAACUUCCUGGCCACCUGGAACCAGCACGACUACUUCUACUUCAUCGGAGUUACCCCAACACCCCUCACCCUCGACGAUCUCAUGGAUCUCGAUGCUACUAACACACAAUUCAAAUACUGGGAGAAGCAGGUCGGAAUUGCCCUCAACACAAAGCACCCCUACGUCUUGCGUGAGAUGAGCUCCGUUGGUCCCAUAGGCAUGCCCGGUGUGAGUGACGCUUUUGGUGCUUCUCUCUGGACCCUCAACUUCUUCCUCUAUGCAGCAUCCAUCGGCAUCUCCUCGGUCCAGAUGCACAUGACCGAUAACUCCAAUGCCAGUGCCUGGGCACCUAUCCCUAUCUAUGGUCGUCAGAACACAUUCGUACGACCACAGUACUAUGCCCAUGCUGCCGUCGCGCAGAUUGUUGGCAACGGCAACGGAACCACACAGAUUGCUGCUCUUUCUACAAGCAACGUAGGUGCCGCGUACGACGGUCGCAUCCGUGCAUACGCAGCCUACGCAAACGACAAGCUUCAAGCUGUCACCAUGAUCAACGCAAAGCAAGUGAAUGCCUCUUCAUCGGACAAGGGCAGCUUCACCUUCAACCUCAACCUCGGCUCUGCAAACGCCAAUAAAGAAGUAUACGUCUCUUACCUUACAGCUCCCGGCGCAGACUCACAGACAGGUGUCACAUGGAACGGCAUGAGCUACGACGACACCACUGGCGCGUCAUCCGUUGCUGAGAACACAGUCACAACUACCACAGCCGAUGGCAACGGUAGAAUCUCUGUCCCUGUCCGGGACAGCCAAGCUGUGGUAGCCAACAUUGGCUUCCAACUAGGCACUACCGCCGUCCUCAAGCCAGACGGCACACAGUCGAAGAAGAGUAAUGCCGCUUCGACCCCGAUCGGUGGUGCCAACUAUGCCAUCUUGAGUGGUGUGUUGGCUAUGAUGGCGGCGUUUAUCACCGCGUAA